CCAUGACCCUUGAUUUUUUGAGGGGUGGUGGUUUAGAUGAUGUGCUCCUUGUCCGUUCAUCCUGUUUUAAGUUGUUGGUGAUUCGGUGCCUUUCCAAGGUUGACCCAACAAGUCUUCCAUGAGCCCAUGCUUUGGAUCUUAGAGUUCGAGCCAUUCCCGGCCCCCAUUCUUGGCCCAUAGCUGCUCGGCGUCGUGUUUGGACGGCUCAAAACAGCUUGGCCCAAAAGCCCUGCGCUCCGCGCGCGGUGCCACCGCGCGCCGUUCGGCGGGGCCGCAGCCCAUGCCGCGGCGGCCGCGGCGGGAGACCUUGGUGCCAGAGCCCAAGCGGCCGAAGCCCAAUGAGACGCUGCUGAAGAGCCGAUGCACCACUGUGGCGGAUGCAAUCAGCCAAGCCGAGAUGCCUGACGAUUGCCACACGGAGAAGCCGAAAAGAGGAAGCAAAUAGAUUGUGAUGGACAAGCAGAUCCCUACUUUAAAAAUAUUUGGAAGCCGUUUCUAUCUAUUCCGGGAUCUCUAGGAUCAUCCGGCCAAAAUGUUUUGGCCCUGAUCAGGUGGCAAAGAAGCUGUUGGCAGUGUUGGCAUUGGGGAGUCCAAACUGCGCAACGUAUUGAAACCGAUGACGGCCAUCAAAUCAGGCUCAGGCCAUCAACCUGUACCGAGCGAGAUUUGCGGACGGCCACUAGCAGGCGGUUCUUCAUUCUCCUUCCUUGAAGCUCCAUCCUCGCACAGGUUGAACCAAAGGGUCCAAAGACCAUAUAAGCAGCAGCACAGACAUAUGCAUACACAUUCUAAGAGAUUUCUUUUACAAGAAAGGCUGAUCAGAUCACCUCACGGAAACCAACAUACUUGCAGAUCCUAUAAAGAGAUCUAAAGAGAAUAGACAAGCAAAAAGAGACUAGUCCGCUUGUUCCAUGCCGCGGAUGGCUGGAUUCCAUGCCGUGGUCUUAGCACUCCAAGUCCAUCCGUCAGUGUUCUUGCCAAGGUAAAGCUAUGCUUCGUGAGGCAAUUCCUUUGACCCUUGGGGUUCCGGUCAAAGAGCGCGAUCGGCGGCAAAGUGCCAUCGCCCAGUUCAUCGGCCAGGUCUUGAUGGAAAUGGAGGCCCAGUUACUGGAACAGCUGCUGGAAAGCAAGAUGUCAUCUCGCGAAGAGGUGAUCACGGCCCAUGUGGAGGCCAAAUGCUGCGCUCAGGAGGUGCUGACUGCGCGAAAGCUGCAGGAAGAGGCAGAAGAAAGGUUAGCUGUGCGCUUGUCUGAAGAAGAGGUCACGAAGGUGAAACUGGUCGCUGUCUCGCAGCAGGUGGCGGAGGCCGAGGCCGAGGUGCGCGCGGCGGAGGCCAAGCGAGAGGCCUUGUUGAAGGAGCAGGCCCUUUGCAACGCUGCUUGCAGUGUGCUGCAGGGCGAGGACACGUCAGCUGGCUCGAGUGGCUCAGUGGAUAGAAAGGCCUUAGCUGCAGUCUGUAAGAGACUGGACCUGGAGGAUUCUUUGUUGAGCACCCUGCCGCUGAUCUUGGGGAAGCCUGUGGCAGCGCGCUCAUACCUGGAGACGGCAGCCUCGAAUCUCAUUUGCGAGGCGCUGAGGAAGCACCUGCAGCAGAUGAAGGGGCAGGAGUCUUCGCCCAUCACCGAAGAUCAAGAGCUCCAGCGUACCUUGGAGGCCCUGCGUGGGGCGCAGCGAGCCACCGAGGCAGAACGAGCUGAAAAGCUACGCCUGGCACAAGAGGCCAGGGAAGAGUUGAAGCAACAGGAGGUCUUGCUGCAGCAGAAGCAACGUACGGAGACCUCCGCCUGGGCUCGCCUUCAAGAUGCCAAGACCGGCGCCGCGAACGCGGCCAGCGCGGCCUGCGCGGCACGUGCCACGUUGGCCUCCGGCGCCCUGCAGAGGCUCCGACGCGGCGCGGCGAGCGCCUACGAGGCUCUGGAGGGGCCGGAGAUGACCUCAAACGUCACGCAGGACUUGCAGGAGAAGAUCACUCAAAUCGAUCAGAGCAACGAACGGGAGGCAGAGAAACGCUACCAACAGCUCCUGCACGACGAGCCGAGCGGCUCGCCCGGCUCGGCGGCUGCUGCGAAGCGGCGGCGCUGGCGGCGCCAGGCAGAAGACCAAGAGCUUCCGCGCACGGGCACGCUGGUCACGGAGCAGACAGCGGCGGAGCCACCCGCCGGCUCGCCCGACGAGGAAGAUGUGCCGAUGGAAGGGGUCUCACAGCAGGAUGGGUGUGCAGUUCCCAAUGCUGAGCAGGCAGAGGAGGCAGAUGAAGUGCCACCUGACAGAGUUCAUAAGGCUGACGAAGCACCAAAUGCAGUUGCGGAUGAGGCUGAUGAUGUGCCAGCCGAAGUGAAUGAGGCAGCCGACAAGGCUGAUGAUGUGCCAGUCGAAGCUGAUGAGGAGGCAGCCGACAAGGUGGAUGACACGCCAAGCGAAGCUGAAGAAAAGGCUGAUGAUGUGCCAGUCGAAGCUGAUGAGGAGGUGGAUGACACACCAAGCGAAGCUGAAGAAAAGGCUGAUGAUGUGCCAGUCGAAGCUGAUGAGGAGGCAGCCGACAAGGUGGAUGACACGCCAAGCGAAGCUGAAGAAAAGGCUGAUGAUGUGCCAGUCGAAGCUGAUGAGGAGGCAGCCAACAAGGUGGAAUACGCACCAAGCGAAGCUGAAGAAAAGGCUGAUGAUGUGCCAGUCGAAGCUGAUGAGGAGGCAGCCGACAAGGCUGAUGACAUCGCCAAGGCUGACGAGGAGGCCGAUGAUGACGUGCCGAAAGAAGCUGAGGAUCAGGUGGGUGAUGCGCCGGCCGAAGCUGAGGAGGCCGCCGACGAGGACAUGCCGAAGGUGGAGCAGACGGAGGAGGCG